AAUUUUUAUCAACGCCCCCCUCGCGUUACCAUAACGACAAACUUAUUGUCAUUUAGUUAACUGUCAACUGCACGUGCGCUCCAGUCGCGAAUGUCGGGAAUUAUGAGACGCACCUCCGAAUAAAAAAUAUUUUGCAAACAAAUGAAAAGUCAUCUGAAACCAAUUAACAUAGACAAGCUGCAGGCGUCUGUGGCGGAAAAGAAGGCUUCGACCAGUCACAUACUGGAUCGUGCCAAUCAACUGAAAACGCUGUCUCGUAGCAGAAAGGAAGAAUCUCUUUUGGCUCAACAUAAAGUAAUAUGGGAACAGGAAUAUAUGCAUUUAAGAUAUUUAGAAGAAAAAUUUCAGAGAGAGGUAUAUAAUCAUCUUGCCACUUUUGGUCGACUCUGUGAUGAGGAUGAUCUGUAUCUGGCCGAUGGUCUAAAUUAUGUACUGGAACUAGAAGAAGAAAAAGCACUGUUUAAAGAAAAUGUUGUGAAUCCAUUAUGGUAUUUGAGGGAGGAUUUACAAGAAUGGUUAAAUUUGCACGCAGACUAUAAACCCCUACCUGAAGACAUUAGAUUAUAUCAUAAUGAGGUACAAGAACAAGUUAAAUCUGUAUGGGAAAAAUACAUUGAAAUUGUAUAUUCCUUAGAACAAGAAUUGAUUGAUUUGGAAGUAGAAGUCAAAGAAGCAAGAUCUGAAGUAAUAGGUGAUAAAGAGAAGCAAAUUCCAAAAGGCAUUCCGGAUGAAUUUCAAAAGCUAUUAAUUCCAGAUAUACACCUGAAAGAUACUCUGUUAUCAGAACUUCAUAGAAUAGAUGAUACUUACAAACACCGUUUAAAAGAAUUGGAAGCAGUUGCUGCAAAACAUUCCAAGCCAGGAGGAUGGAAUGAAAAGGACUUGUCAAUUUUUAAACAUAUCUUACAGCAAUAUCCAACAGAUCUAACAGACAGAAGAGUUCUGUUGUUUAAUCGUUUGAAAAGAACAUUUCCAAACAAAAGUUUGGCUCAAUUAAUGGCAUUUGAAACAUGGCUUCAGACUCACAAAUUUCAGAAAGAUCGUUAUAAUAAAUGCCUAGAUGACUGGACUCGUGAACGUUGGAGUUGGCUUUUGAGAGCUGUCAGUGCAAUAUCUCAAGCUCAACAGUCUUACGAAGUACACGAAAUGACCAGAGAAGAAAUAAUGCAACAGAAGGCACUCUGCCAACAACUAAGACAAAAAGUAGAGCAAUGGAGGAAAGAAAAAGAGAUAGAGAAACGUCAGCAAGCUGAAAUUGAAUCUCAGAGAAAGAUGGUUCUUCAGGCCGCUCAGCAGAGCCAAGCGGCAAUAGAGGAACGUAGGCGUACAAUGGCAAGACAACGACUUCGAGACUAUUAUGAAGAAAAGUUACGUUUCCAACAAGAAAGUGAAGAAGCUCUCAGUCAGCGUCUCGAUGAAAUGAGACAACUCACAAAAGAACGAUCUAAAUACGAUCGAGAAAGAGUGGAUGCUUUUGGUAGUAGAUUGCCUAACUUUAUUUAUGGAAAUAUAAUACUGGUACGGGUGCGUGCGGAAAGAGAUCCGGACAGGUUAGAACAGGAUACCGUUUCUUCUCAAGCUAAAAGGGAGCUGUUAGACUGGCAACUACAGACAACACUGUUCAACCUUCACACUUACACUGAUGAUCAGGUCUUAAGCAGUCCACGCAUAAGAUUAGAAUACGAGCUACGAGAAGCCGGUCUGAUUCGUUCCGAUUACGCCAGACAAAUUCUUCAAAUCGUAAAACCGUCGCAGGAACCCCGACGUGAUACGGUCUCUUCCGUUUUUCAGUACGAACAAUUGGUAGAUGACUGAAUUAAGAAUUUUAAUAUUAAUAGUAAUUUUUAUGAAAUUCAAAAAAUGUUUAUAUUACAAAAUAUUCUGUAGAAGCUUUUAAAUAUAGCUUAAAAUGUUUGAUGUUAAAAAUGUUCAAGAAUUUUUAGAAGUUAAGAAUUAUAUAUAUAUAUUAUAUUAUCUACAAGUAUAUAAUUAACAAAUAUUUAAAUACAUUGGCCUCUUAACAUGUGAGAAAGGAUUUACUUGGCACCUUUUCAUAAUUCUCAAAUAUCUGUUUUAAAAAAAUAAUAUAUUUCUAGAAUUUUUAGCUAAAUUAAUAGAAAUAAAAAUAAAAAUAGUUUUAAACAUUUUUGCCAUGGAAUUCUUUAAAAGAAAACUUUUUAAUAACUAAAUUUACCUUUAUGUUUCUGUGCUUUUUUAAUCUUUCGUGCAAAGGUGGCCUUUCUUGCUGGUCCGUCAGGGUUUGGGUCAAAUCGUCCACAAAAAUUUCUAAAGAUUAGACCCAGACUCAAAAGUGGUCUCUUGCCACCUUGGAACAUUUCUAUACUACAAAAGAUUCUUACAGA